AUGAUCGGCUCCCCAGACGUGGUGGCAUUUACCAAAGAUGAUGAUGAUUAUGGAGAUUCGUACACAGACCCGUGUUUGCUCCCAGAGGAGUUUUCUGUGCCUUUGUUUCCUCAUGCAAAUGCCAAUCCAUGGUUAAAAACAUCCUAUGCAAAAUUCUCCAAGGAUUUCAUCCUCAUCUCAGAGUUUUCGGAGCAGGUCGGACCACAGCCAUUACUCACAAUUCCAGAUGAUCCCAACGUGUGUGGGACGUUCGACCUCAAUUAUUUCUCCCUGCGCAUCAUGUCUGUGGACUACCAGGCUUCGUUUGUGGGGCAUCCUCCAGGCACGAGCUACCCCAAGCUCAAUUUUGUCCAGGACUCCAAAGUUGUCCUUGGUGACUCCAAGGAAGGGGCGUUUGCCUACGUCCAUCACCUGACCCUGUACGAUUUGGAGGCACGUGGCUUCGUGCGUCCUUUUUGCAUGGCCUACAUUUCAGCAGACGAGAGGAAGAUCAUGCAGCAGUUCCAGCCGCUCUCAUCUGGCUUUUCCAGGGCUUCCGAAUGCUUAAAAUCAGGGAACAGGAAGGCCUUUGCGAAUGAACUGGAAAAGAAACUGAGGGACCUCGAAUACACCAGAUCCGUUCUGCACAAAGAGACAGAGAUGCAGAAAACCAACAGCGGCUGCUAUUCCACGCAGGUUAUCGAGAAAGCUAACGAGCUGGCAAAUGUCGAAAAAUCGAUUUACGAACAUAAAGAUUUGCUGAGGCAGAUCACGUCAUACCCCAACAGUAAAAGGAGAGAUGCUGAUCAGGUGCUAUGUGAGCCAGAAAAUAGAGCUGACGCAAGUACGCUCGACCACGCACUGUCUUCUAAUCAUUCCGGAAAUGAGGAAAAACCUGUGGAAACUGAUGGCAGUAAUCAGCACCCAUCGUACAUACCCCAGCUUAUUAAAGCCAAAUCUGCGAAAUGUUUUGAUAAACGCUUGAAAACCCUUGAAGAGCUCUGCGAAUCAGACUUUUUUUUCCAGACCAUGGACCAACUCAACACGAUCGAAAAGACGUUCAGAGGUGAUCUUUGCUUUAUUUACACCUGCCAGAUUGACCGUGCUCUCGUAAGUAAACAGAAGAUCACCAGUUUUCUUUUUGAGCCGGAACGAGAUGAUGAUGAGGUUGGCAGCUCCAGGGGUUUUUAUGACCCGAACCAUACCACACGUCAUGUUCCAUCCAAUUUCUCCAGUGAGCCAAUGAUCCUUGAGUCCUACAGUACGUUAGUUGAGAAAAGCCCAAAUAAGCUGACACUCGAAGUGAAUCAAGAAUCCAGUACCUCAGAUGUUACGCAGGAAACCUCUGAAGACGCUAAUGACACAGAAAUGAAAGGGAGUUUCAGCAGCGAUCGAAGCAUUGAGGCAUUUAUAAACCUUAGUCCGGGAAAUCCUGAUGGGUUUCCAACGGGGGGCACCAGCAUAGCAUGUACUAUGACCUCAUCUGAGGAACAAGGAAUCGUCGCUGCUGUUGCUGAGGCAUCAUCCUCAUUAGAACAUGAAUCAGACCCAAAUCAUGGUGAAGUGUUUGAAACUGGGUCUCUAGUUCAAAUGGAUACAGCGUGUUGUAUGGGGCAAGAAGGUUUUAGCUACGAAGAACCUUUUCUUGAACCAGCACAAGAACCGUGUGAGGACACUGUCGUCAAGCAUGAGCCUCUUUCCUUGCUUCAGAGGGAACCUGCUCUGCAAGUGGAAUACGUAUUGGGAGCGGCGACUCCGACUGUGCCGAGUCCAAGCUUGGGGUUAAUGCUUCCUGAACUCAACCCCAGCUCCUUGUCUGAGGAGAUGGCUAAACUGAACAUGGAUGAUAUUUCUGACAAUGCCAGUUACAUGAGCACCUCAACCAGCUCUGACAGAGCAGCUUCACCGUUUAACUACGGCAGUCUCAUUACGCUGAAGCAGAAGAAGAAGGCAGGGCACAGUGCUCUACGAUUCAUCAGGCAGUACCCCUUUGCUCAGCAAGCCAUCUUCUGCCUGCUAAGUGGGAGAACACUGGUGGUGCUGGGAGCUGACGAAGGCACUGUAAGGAAGCUGGUGAACGCCCUGCUGAUUUUUGUGCCGAACCUCGGAAAGUAUGGAGAAACGGUGCAGCCCUGGCUUUCCACAUCGUUUCAGCUGAGUGACCUUCAGAGAUGGAAACUCGUUGGAUUGCAGAGGGUGGUUUCUCCAGCUGGCUCCAGCUUGCUCCAUUCCCUGAGUCGCUACAGUCGCUACAUCGGCAUCCUGGACUGUGACAGCAAGACUCUACGAUGUCCAGCCUACAAAGGAACACUAAUGGGUCACAUGGCAGACCACAGGACACAGAUCAAGCGAGGCAGCACUUACUUUCUCCACGUGCAGAGCAUAUUAACUCAGCUCACAGCUAAGGCCUUCCUGUACACAUUCUGCCAUCACCUUCACCUUCCCAUCAGCACAGACCAGGACGCCGAAUCAGUGGUGCUGCGCAGGACUAAUUUCUUGUUGCAGCUCGGCUUCACUGAGGAGGAGAGUAAAAUAAUCCGUUUCUUGGGCGAGCUCAUUAGGCAACAUUACCUUCAGGGGCCUUUGAAAGGGGUCAACCAGUCUAACUUCAGUUUUAGUUAUACCACCAGCUAUUUGUACAAAAUCUGAAUAUGCUGAAUGUGCACUUUGUUCAUUUAAGAUCUUUUUUGGUUUUAUGGUUAGUGUUUCGCUUCCCUGGCACCUCUACUAAAAUCAGGAGACCAAGAAAUGUAUUAAAUGUAUCUGAUUUGGGUAAAACUUUUUCCUUUUAUGUUUUUUUGGUUGCUUUACAAUCCAGUAUGUAGGCUGUGGGUAGCCUCUUUCAGGUAGGCUUUUGAAGGUGUCCGAUGUUGUCUAACCUCUAGCUCGACAACAUGCAUUCCCGGAGUUUAAAAGAUAAAGGUCUAGUAUUUGGAUGUUGGGUUUUUUGUUUUUUUUUCGUUUCUUUUCUAGAGCCAGUCCAGAUUUAUAGUGCAAUCGACUCAGAAGAACAAACGACUUGGUGCGCAACUAUUAAUAGGUGGUGGAUACGUGACAUUUUGUUAUCCUUACCUAUUUAAACCAGAAUGUGAAAAUGUAAGAUAGCAUUUUCGCCACUGAUGGCGUCGCUCUUUUUUUGCCUUAGAUGUGCUCUUUAGCCUCAUGUGCUCAAUUUUUCAUGUUAUUACAUAUUAUUUUGAUGAAAAUCCAGAUGUGGUAAGAGCAGUAAAUAAUCUGUCCAGGAGUUUUUGAUGCUUAUGCUGUAAAAUAAUGAAAAGUUACUAACCUUUUAAAAUCCCCCCACUAUAUAAGUACUGUACGGUGAAGAUCAGAAUCUGAACACGGACUUCGGAUAUACGCAAAAGUUAAGCAAACAGCUGCCAUACUGUAUGUGUUUUCACCCCACUGUGUUCUAAGUUAAAGAACGAUCUGCAUGGAAAAAUGUAAACUUAAUGGAGAAUUGUUAGGUGGCAUCCUGCAUGUUUGGAAAAUUCACAUAACAAAAUUACAUGGCAGCACCCAUUUAUAACACAUGGAUUUUCAUAAAGUCUAAUAAAAUAUGUUGCAUUAUAAUGUCUUAGUGUUGUGUACAAAUAGUGUGAGCAUGAGUAACUUGAUGGAGUGGCACUUUAUAAUUCCAGUUAAGAAUCACAGUCAUGGUGAGAAGUUACACAAGGACAUGGAGGUGAUACCCCAAAUUAAAUCAAAUCAAAUCAAAUGAACAGUAUGUUAAAAUCACCACCAUGCUUGCUGCUGCAUGAUGGGAGAUGAAGUCCAAAAAAGAUUCUCUAAUGGCCACCAGUUUUGAUUUGUAUUUUGAUAUAUAUUGCUUUUCUUUUUUGUAAUCAGGUGUCACUAGAUUCUCUGAAGACAAGUCUUAAUAUAGCCUGUAUGUGAUCUGCAUUCUGAUGAAUGUAAACAAGCCAUACCAUUGCUGUACACUUUGUGUAUUUAAGUUUUCAGUGGCUGUGGUUUUACUUUUAAUCAUUUUCUUUCUGUCAGAAACAAACCUGGAAGAGUGUUGCUAAAACAAUAGUACAUAAAACGUAUUGUGAUAUUUGUCUGGGGUGCAGUGAGACAUUGUGUUUUUAUUGAAACUGAUUUGUGAAUGUUUAAGUGAUUUUGGGGCAUUGCUCAAGUGCACUGACUUGAUGCCCACUAUGUUUCUGCCUUAAAGGUUCAUUAAAAUAUAACUAAUUUAA